GACCCGGGGUUUCCCCGGGUCCUGGUCCUGGAGUAGGAGUUCCGGCUCACUCCCGGCCACAUCUCCCGUCCGCACCAGCUCUGGGCUGGAGCCACGAUCCUGGGCCGGAGGUGGCGCGCUAGCCGCGUGGCGGGCCGGCCGGCCACCGGGUCGCGGAGCGUUCGGGUGCUGGGCCGGGAGGCGCGGGUGGGCCCCCGGCGCCCAGGGCUGCUCUCGGCCGCCCACCUGACGCAGUGAGGGUGGUGCCCGUCGCGGCCACACCCCCUCAGAGCCCCACUCGGCUCCCGCCUCCUGGUCUCCUCGGAGCUCCGUACUUCUAGGUCGGCGCAAAAGCUGCAGAGCCUUGCUGUUUCGUGGUCCUGACACCGGAUGAAGGUGCUACUUGGUGGGGAAAGAGGAGCCGACCUUUGCCCUGUCCUGAGGGGCCCAGCCUUGGCUGAAUGGCAGCACCCCCACUGGGCCGUCUGGUGCUGACCCACCUGUUGGUAGCCCUCUUCGGCAUGGGCUCUUGGGCUGCCAUUAAUGGGAUCUGGGUGGAGCUGCCAGUGGUGGUAAAAGACCUUCCCGAGGGUUGGAGCCUCCCCGCAUACCUUUCUGUGCUUGUGGCACUGGGGAACCUGGGUCUGCUGGUGGUGACACUGUGGAGACGGCUGGCCCUGGGCAAGGGGGAACAGGCCCCCAUCCAGGUGGUUCAGGUGUUGAGUGUGGUGGGCACAGCCCUGCUGGCCCCACUGUGGCAGCAGGUGGCACCAGUGGGAGGGCAGUAUCACUCCGUGGCCUUCCUGACGCUGGCCUUGGUGCUGGCACUGGCCUGUUGUGCCUCUAAUGUCACUUUCCUGCCCUUCCUGAGCCAUCUGCCGCCUCCUUUUCUGCGGUCCUUCUUUCUAGGUCAGGGCCUGAGUGCCCUGCUGCCCUGUGUGCUGGCCCUAGUGCAGGGCGUGGGCCGCCUCGAGUGCCCACCAGCUCCCACCAAUGGCACCCCUGGGCCUCCCCACAACUUCCCAGAGCGUUUUCCCGCCAGCACCUUCUUCUGGACACUGGCUGCCCUUCUGGUCAUUUCGGCUGCUGCCUUCCAGGGUCUUCUGCUACUGUUGCCAUUACCACCAUCCCUGCCCACAGGAGGCCCAGGGCCUGGCCUUCGGGUGGGAGCCCCAGGAGUGGAGGAGGAAGAGGAAGAGGCCUCACCACUGCAGGAACCACCUUUCCAGGCCACAGGCACCACACCUGGCCGAAACCCUGAGGCCCAUCAGCUGUUCUCUGCCCGCGGUGCCUGCCUGCUGGGCCUGCUGGCCAUCACCAAUGCUCUGACCAAUGGCGUGUUGCCUGCUGUGCAGAGCUUCUCCUGCUUGCCUUAUGGGCGCCAGGCCUACCACCUGGCUGCAGUGCUGGGCAGUGCCGCCAAUCCCCUCGCCUGCUUCCUGGCCAUGGGCGUGCUGUGCAGGUCUCUGGCAGGGCUGGGCGGUCUCUCUCUGUUGGGCAUGCUCUUUGGGGCCUAUCUAAUGGUGUUGGCAAUCCUGAGCCCCUGCCCACCCCUAGUGGGCACUACUGCAGGGAUGGUCCUUGUGCCUUGCAAGGUGAACACUGUUACCCCAUUCAGAGAUGGUGUCAGGAGGGGAGUUACCCCUGCACUGGGUGAUGGAUCGAGGCUACAGACCAGACCUGUUCCUCCAUCCCGGAGCUUGGCACUCGUGGACUCUGCCCCACUCAUGACACCCCGUCAGCACAAGGCCUCUUUACCACUUUGCCACUUACACCGCGCUGUGCUGCAGAGCAGGCCGCAGAGCUGGCCCAUCCCUACCGCCUUCCUCAGGAGAAGCCUUAGGGUCCCGCCUGCUCAGUGGUCCUUGAGACCCCAGCCCCUGUGGAAGAAGGUGCUCUCCUCCACAGCAGUGGGGCUGCCCCUGCUCCUUGGCAUCCACUACUUCACAGCGGAGCCGCAGGAGAAGAGGAGGAUGCGCCUCAUGGUGGACGGUGUCGGGCGCUUCGGCAGGUCUCUGAGGGUCGGGCUGCAGAUCUCCAUGGACUACUGGUGGUGCACAAACAUCAUCCUGCGAGGGGUAGAAGAGAACAGCCCGGGGUACUUGGAGGUGAUGUCUGCGUGUCAUCAACGGGCAGCCGAUGCCCUGGUAGCCGGGGCCAUCAAUAACGGGGGCCUCUACGUGAAGCUGGGCCAGGGACUGUGCUCCUUCAACCACCUGUUGCCCCCUGAGUACAUCAGGACACUGCGUGUGCUGGAAGACAGGGCCCUAACACGUGGCAUCCGAGAGGUGGACGAGUUGUUCCUUGAGGACUUCCAAGCCCCACCCCAUGAGCUCUUCCAGGAGUUUGACUACCAGCCAAUUGCAGCCGCCAGCCUGGCCCAGGUACACCGUGCCCGGCUGCACGAUGGCACCGCUGUGGCUGUAAAGGUGCAGUACAUUGACCUGCGGGACCGUUUUGAUGGGGACAUCCACACCCUGGAGCUCCUGCUCAGGCUGGUAGAGUUCAUGCACCCCAGCUUUGGCUUCAGCUGGGUCCUCCAGGACCUAAAGGGGAUCCUGGCCCAGGAGCUAGACUUUGAAAACGAGGGCCGGAACGCUGAGCGCUGUGCACGGGACCUGCAGCACUUCCACUAUGUUGUGGUCCCCCGUGUACACUGGGAUACGUCCAGCAAGCGCGUGCUGACAGCCGAGUUCUGUGAGGGCUGCAAGGUCAAUGAUGUGGAGGCCAUCAAGUCCAUGGGCCUAGCUGUGCAGGAUAUAGCAGAGAAGCUUAUCAAGGCUUUUGCUGAGCAGAUCUUCUACACUGGCUUCAUCCACUCCGACCCCCACCCUGGCAAUGUUCUGGUGCGGAAAGGCCCGGACGGGAAAGCAGAGCUGGUGCUGCUGGACCAUGGGCUCUACCAGUUCCUGGAUGAGAAGGACCGCGCAGCCCUGUGCCAACUGUGGCGGGCCAUCAUCCUGAGAGACGACAUUUCAAUGAAGACGCACGCAGCAACACUUGGGGUGCAAGACUACUUCCUGUUCUCGGAGGUGCUCAUGCAGAGGCCUGUGCGCCUGGGGCAGCUGUGGCGCUCACACCUGCUGAGCCGAGAGGAGGCAGCCUACAUGCAGGCCAUGGCACGGGAACACUUUGAGGACAUCAUGGCUGUGCUUAAGGCCCUGCCUCGGCCCAUGUUGCUUGUGCUGCGUAACAUCAACACUGUCCGAGCCAUCAAUACCGCCCUUGGCGCCCCAGUAGACCGCUACUUCCUCAUGGCAAAGAGUGCUGUCAGGGGCUGGAGCCGCCUGGCAGGCUCAGCGCACCCGAGUGUCUAUGGCACCAGCCUCCUGCGUCGCGUCAGGGUUGUCUGGGAGACGUUCAAAUUUGAAGUGGCCCUGAGGCUGGAGACCCUGUCCAUGCGGCUUACUGCCCUCCUGGUUCGAGUGCUGGUGCACCUGGACCUCAUGCCCAGGACUGAGGGACUAUACGAGUACCUGGAGACCUAGGUCCCCAAGGCAGGACUGGAGAUGUGGACACCCCAAGACCUGGGACACUGGAGCAACUGUCACCUGGAGUGGGGGGGAUGCCUGGGGACUCUGACCAGUGGUAGGGCCAGGAGGCCCUGCAAUGACCACACAUAUUUCUCAAACCAAA